UUUCUUUUAUUUGCGCUGUUCUUCCUUCUGGAUCAAAAGAAAAGGUGAAAUAAGACAUCAGCGCGGAAAAAUAACGGAACUGAUCCACCUUUUUAAAAAUUAGACAGAAGUGGGCUCAUCCUCUCUGAGCUCUCCUCAUCCUCACCCUUCCUCACCCUCUGCCUCUCAGAUAAUCCUCAUCGUCCUGCCACUGAAAUGUCAACUCCAGAUGCAGCAGGUACUCCGGGAGCCCCUGGGGGCCCAGAAGGAGAUGGAGGGCCUCCAGCUCCUGCCCCCAACCUAACGAGCAACAGGCGACUUCAGCAGACUCAGGCGCAGGUGGAUGAGGUGGUGGAUAUAAUGCGUGUGAAUGUGGACAAAGUCUUAGAGAGGGACCAGAAGCUGUCAGAACUAGACGAUCGGGCCGACGCCCUGCAGGCUGGAGCCUCUCAGUUUGAGAGCAGCGCCGCCAAACUCAAGAACAAGUACUGGUGGAAAAACUGCAAGAUGAUGAUCAUGAUGGCAGUAAUAGGUGUUAUAUGUGUUGGAGUCGUCUUCUUAUAUUUCUUCUACUGAGCUGCUCUUCAGGACUGGAACUACAAGUCCCAGGACAAGUCUGCACCCAUAAAUGCCACCGCACCGAGUCGAGACUUUCCUCUGUGCUCCUUGUCCUCCUCUUCCUCAGAAACCUCCAUGCAUGGCCUUUAAUGUGCGCCUCCUUUUCUCUCUGCAAUGAACAGCUAUUUAGAAAAACUAGUUCAUUUGGUUUUGAUGGGCCUCCCUAAAAUGAACCAUUUUGGUGAGUUGGACAAAAUCAGAUGAGUUUGGAAGUUUUAUUGAGUACAGAUAAUUCAAGAAAACCUUAGAUUUACUGGAAAUCCACUUGUUAAACAUGACCACAACUUCCUUAUUCAAUAGGAGACAGCAUCUGUCUGAAUACUGCAAAUCAGUAAGGACUCUUAAGCCAAAAGUGGAAGUGCUUCUGCAGUCGCCAUGAUAAGUGCUGUCUGAAUAGUGCUGGCAGUAGGGAAGCUUCCUAUCAUAGUUUUGGUCACAUUAUAACAUCUAGAAGGCUAAAGGAUGUCUAGAUUCAGCACAGCAGCUGAGUUCCUUUCCUAACUUCUAUAAUGUCCGAACUAUUGAAUCCAUGAAAGGCGAAUGCGGAGGAGCAUUUUGCAGCUUUUGGAUUAAGUCACAGUCACACAAUAUAACUUAUCAAUUACAUCCUAACAAUAAUACAUAAAUGAAGCUGUGAAAACACUGUAGGUCAAUCUUUAUUUUCUUAUGGAGUUGUGAAGCUGGUUUUAGUGGUUAUGUUUAACAAAGUUGUAGCCGACGGCUGAGAAACUGCCGACGUUCCGCUUAUUGAUGAUAAUUCUUCCAUUUUCUAAAAGCAUGAAUUUGACAGAAUAAACAAGGAACCUUUGUAAAUUAAAAUUAAGUUAAAAAAGGUGUGAUGUGUUUCGCGUUGAGUCAAAAAGGAUCUUAAAUGAGAGAAUUUGUGACCCCUUACCCCUGUAGGGCAAGGCAAGUUUAAUUAUAUAUCACAUAUCAGUGGCGAGACGAUUCAAAGUGGGGAAAAAAAAAAAAGAAAAGAGCAAUGCAGUGGCAUAGAGGCAGCACAAAUAAAAAGAUUGAUGAAAAUAUUUAAAAACAGAUCAAAUGAUAAAGAAAAUGAAAUAAAAGUUAGAUCGGAAACUUAACUGAUAAUGUGUACGUAGAUGGUUCAGUCAAAGGUCAAUCUAAAAAUAUAUGUUUGUAAUCUGGAUUUUGAGCCACUGAUGGGUUCAGCGCUUUUACAGUUUUUUGGGGUAAUUUACUUCAGAUUUGUGAAGUAUCAGAACAAAACGUAGCUUCUCGAU